AUGUCCAGCGAGUUGGGAAGGCCCACUGAGGAUCCAGUGGUUGACGAUAAUGUCGAAGGUGGCCAAGCACCCAGCGACGAAGAAGAAGGCGAAGAUGUGUUUGAUUCCUCGGAAGAAGGUGAAGACUUGGACGACGACGAAGAGGAGGCCAGAAAAGUUCGUGAGGGCUUCAUUGUCGAUGACGAAGAAGAAGGACGUGCUUCUGUGGGCCGUAAAAGAUCCAAGAAGCACAAGAAACGAGCCAAAGAAGAUGAAGAUGAUAAACUAUCGGAGGACGAUUUGGAUCUAUUGAUGGAGAACGCAGGCGUUAAGAGACCAACGAGCACGGAUUCCAACAAGGCCAAGUUUAAACGUUUGAAACGUGCUGGCGACAAGGGAGAAGAAGAACCUAGCGAUUCAGCACCCCCAAGCGCGUCGGCCGCUUCCAAAUUCGACGACUUCUUCUCCGACGAUGAGGAUUUACAAGCAGAGAGAGUUGGAUCACCCACUGGUGGGGAAGAAGUUGCCCCCAGUAGAAGAGGAGCGGAAGUUGGCACGAUUGAUGAACUUGACGAUUUUAUUGAAGAAGACGAAUUUUCCGACGAAGAUGAAGAAAGCCGCCAGCAGCGGUUGUUGGAGCGCAAAAUGCUUCGUGAGCAAAGGAUGAAUCAGCCCGUACAGAUUACAGGACUGUCAUCUGAGAAGAUCGACGAGAUGUACGACAUUUUUGGGGACGGUCACGACUACGACUGGGCGCUGGAAGUUGAAAACGAAGAUUUUGACCAAGCAGAUAAUGGUGAAGGGGUUGACAAAAGUGAUGAAACUGAUACCGAAGCCUCGCGCGAAUUCCGUAAGCCCAAGAUCACUCUUCAAGAUAUUUAUGAUCUUCAAGACCUGAGAAAGAAUCUUUUAACAGAAGAAGAUAUGGUGAUCAGACGAGCUGAUAUACCCGAAAGGUACCAGGAACUUAGAGCUGGCUUAAAGAAUUACGGCGAGUUGAUUGCCGAAGACCAAGAACUGGAGAAAAAUUGGAUUAGUGACAAACUUUGUCUUGACAAAAACUUCGAACCGGACUAUGACCUCACGGAAUUUAAAGAAGCAGUAGGCAACGCUGUCAAAUUUGUUGGCAAAGAUAACUUAGAGGUCCCUUUUAUUUACGCCUACCGCCGUGACUACAUUUCGUCUAAGGACAAAGAUGGCUUCGUUCUGAAUGAAGAUGACCUUUGGGAAAUUGUCUACAUGGAUUGUGAAUUUCAUAGUAUCAUCUACAAAAGAGACUAUGUCAAAAAAUUUUAUGAGCAGCUUGGCGUGAAAGACUCGAUCGUGGAUGAAUAUUUCAUGAGCGAAGCUUCCUCCAUAACAGAGUUAACCUCACUCCAAGAUAUCUAUAAUUACUUGGAGUUUAAAUUUGCUCGUGAGAUAAAUGGUGCCCUAUCCAGCCAAUCCAACGGCUCCACGAAGAAGCAUAUGAAGAAUUCGAGUUACGAAAAGUUCAAGUCUAGUCCCUUGUACAGUGCGAUCAAUGACAUUGGGAUAACGUCAGAUGCGGUCGGUGAAAACAUUCAUUCCGAGCAUCAGAUUUUCCCUGUGAAAGACCAGCUGGACUCUAAACCCCAAGCCAUCAUCCAGAGAAUAUUGGAGCAAUCGAGUGCCGACCUACAAGUAUUUACCACAAAUCACAAAUUGGCCACUGAAACUGUUCAGAAGUAUUACUCCUUGGAAAUCGCGAAUAAUCCCAAGGUCAGAGAGAAAAUCAGGACUGAUUUCUACAAGUACUACAUUGCAGAUGCUGUGUUGUCAGUGAAAGGUAAAAAAGAGAUUCAAAGGGGCUCACCUUAUGAAGAUAUCAAGUAUGCGAUUAACAGAACACCCGCACAUUUCAGGAAAGAGCCUGAAGUUUUCUUAAGGAUGUUGGAAGCUGAAUCUUUGCACUUGAUGACGGUGAGGAUUCAUAUGUCUUCCCAAGCCCAAUAUUGUGAACAUCUAUUCCAAACUGCUCUGGAAACUACUAAUACCUCCGAAGUAGCUGUGGAAUGGAAUAAUUUUAGAAAAACAGCUUUCCUUUCUGCACUUGACCGAAUUUUCCUGGAAAUAAGUCAAGAAAUAAAGGAUGAUCUGAGAAAGACAUGUCAGAAGCUCGUUGCCAAGAGUAUUCGUCACAAAUUUAUGACCAAACUAGAUCAGGCGCCCUUUAUCCCAAAUCCUCGCGACCCAAAGAUUCCAAGAGUAUUGUCUAUUACCUGCGGUCAGGGUCGCUUUGGUGCAGAUGCGAUUAUAGCGGUUUACGUUAACAGAAAAUCGGAUUAUGUCAGGGAUUAUAAAAUAGUUGAUAAUCCCUUUGACAGGAACAACCCCGAAAAGUUUGAGGAGACCUUGGAUAAUAUCAUUCAAUCCUGUCAACCGAACGCUAUCGGUAUUAAUGGUCCAAAUCCUAAGACUCAACGCCUGCUUCGUAAGAUCCAGGAAGUUAUUCAAAAAAAGCAAAUUGUAGACAAUAGAGGCCAUAACAUUCCCGUCAUUUAUGUGGAUGACGAACUAGCCACACGCUACCAGUCGUCAGAAAGAGGUAUCCAAGAGUUUCCCAAUAAGCCUCCGUUGGUCAAGUAUUGUAUCGCUUUGGCCAGAUACAUGCAUUCUCCAUUAUUGGAAUAUGUCAAUCUAACACCAGAUGAGCUUAUGUCGCUCUCGAUUCACCCCAGCCAAUCUCUUCUUCCUAAGGAAAACUUCAUAAAAGCAUUAGAAACCUCAUUUGUUGAUUUAGUGAACUUGGUUGGAGUGGAAGUGAAUAAGGCAACAGACAAUGGGUAUUAUGCACGCUGUCUGCAGUACAUAUCGGGCCUCGGUAAGCGUAAAGCUACUGAUUUUUUGGAAUCCUUGCAGAGACUCAACGAGCCACUCUUGGCACGUCAACAAUUGAUUACCCACAACAUUCUGCACAAAACAAUUUUCAUGAACUCUGCAGGUUUCUUGUACAUCUCCUGGAACCAAAAAAAUCAGAGGUAUGAGGACCUUGAACAUGAUCAGUUGGAUAGCACAAGAAUCCAUCCUGAGGACUAUCAUUUGGCUACUAAGGUGGCAGCUGAUGCUCUGGAAUAUGACCCCGACGCCAUUGCCGAAAAAGAAGAACAGGAUGCCAUGAGUGAAUUCAUUGAAAUUUUGAGAGAUGAUGCUGAUUGUAAGGCCAAGUUGGAGUCUCUUAACUUGGAUGCCUAUGCGGAAGAGUUAGAAAAGAACACCGGUCAGAAGAAGCUGAACAGUUUGAAUACCAUUGUUCUGGAGUUAUUAAAUGGGUUUGAAGAGCUGAGAAACGACUUCCAUCCAUUGCAUGGAGAAGAAAUUUUCAGCUCUCUUACCGGUGAGACCGAUAAGACAUUUUUCAAGGGAUGUAUUGUCCCUGUUAAAGCAGAAAGGUUUAGGCAUAGCGAUAUUAUUUGCGUCACAAACUCUUUGGUGGAGUGUGUUGUCAGCGCUCAACGUCAUUUAGGUGCUCAAUUGAAGCGCCCCGCCUCGGAACUUUACGAAAUUGGUAUGACAUACCCAGCCAAGGUUAUCUUCAUCGACUACGAAAACAUCACGGCGGAGGUUUCCCUGCUGGAGCAUGAUGUUAAGCAUCAAUAUGUCCCUGUCCAUUAUAGUAAGGAUCCUUCGAUUUGGGACUUGAAGCAGGAGCUAGAGGAUGCAGAAGAAGAGAAACAGAUAGCCAUGCGUGAGGCUCGUGCUAAGCGCACUCACAGGGUGAUCAACCAUCCAUAUUAUUUCCCUUUUAAUGGUAAGCAAGCCGAGGAUUACCUACGAAGCAAAGAACGUGGUGAUUUUGUCAUCAGACAAUCAUCGCGCGGUGACGACCACCUCUCGAUCACCUGGAAGUUAGAUAAGGAUCUGUUCCAACACGUUGACAUUAUCGAACAAGAAAAAGAGAACCCGCUUGCGCUUGGGAGAAUCCUGGUGGUUGAGGGCCAAACUUAUCAUGAUUUAGAUCAAAUCGUGGUCGAGUACCUUCAAAACAAGGUCAGACUGCUGAAUGAGAUAACUUCAAAUGAAAAAUUCAAGAAGGGUACAAAGAGAGAGGUGACAAAGUUCAUCGAGGACUAUUCUAAAGUCAACCCUAACAGGUCAGUCUAUUAUUUCAGCUUUAACUACGAGCAACCUGGGUGGUUCUAUCUCAUGUUCAAGAUUAACGCCCAAAGUAAACUCUACACUUGGAAUGUGAGACUUAUGCACACAGGCUUUUUUUUGGUCAACUACAAUUACCCAACCGUAAUUCAACUCUGCAACGGCUUCAAGACACUUCUGAAAACAAGCACCAGGAAUCAAAGGCCGGCCACCGGUGGCAUGACCAGUGCUCCAGCGGCCGCUUCUGGUGCUGCGGGAGGCUAUUACGGGUAUUGA